AUGAAACAAACUUUACCAAACGAUUAUGGAGCACCUAUUGAAUAUUUCUUACGAGCUGCACAAUGGCAAAGAGCAGUCUCACCAAGGUUAGGUGUUCCACCAGCUCCUGUCAAAAAUAGCAUUUGGUCAAGUUCUUAUAUAAGAUAUGGUCUCCCACUGGGUUUGCUAGCUACAGCAGGAGCAGUUAUGAUGUUGAAAAGAAAUAAAGCAAAUGUUGUAAAUAAUACUGAAGUAGCUGAAGUUAAACAAACUCCAACACCUUCGCCAAAACCAACACCUUCACAAGCAAAACCUUCAAUGACUCCUGAACCUAUGGAAGUACAAACUCCUGUUCAAAAGUCAACUCCUAAACCGACUCCAACAUUUAAACCAGAACCUACUCCUCAAAUAAAUCGUAAAACUCCUGCGUUUCCUUACUGA